UUCGAACAUCUGAAAGCUUUUCGCGUUCACAAAGUGAGAUUUUGCCCGCAAUUGUAAAUUGGUUCAGUAGAUUUUUUAAGGAUAUAAUUGGUGUGUUGCAAUAUGAUCAAGGCGGAUUUUUCCCAAGCUUUCGGCCUUUGUCGACGUUGAUCGAAUGUAAAAAUGAAACGGUUUUAGGAUUAAUAUGCAGCACAUGGGGUACUGUCAAGUUUUUUGCAAUUUCAUGCAAACAAUCAUCGAAGGAAUGCGAAAUGAUAGUUCCGCCACCGAGAAACUCAAGUCAGAAAUCGAACAAAACUACACAAAGAUGCACUUGUUUAACCCAGCUACAUCUAUGUUGCUAUCUGCCCUUUUCUUCAAACUCGCUUAGAAUGUAAGUAAGCAAUAUUAAUAGUAUCCGGCAAUAAUUUAUAUACCGCAAUAUUUUAUAUAAAUCCCCAUGGCACGACAUCAAGCGAAGAUAUAAUAUAUAUAAUACUUGUUAAGCACGCCAGAUGGCCUCGCAAACUUACGGUUCUCAUCAGACGACGAUAGUUUAAAUAGUAUUUUCGAAAAAAUUCUUUACUUUUGCCGUUCUAUACGAAAGCAUAUAUAGCAACCUUGGCCGCUUCAAAAACUCGUUUGGCGACAUGAUUGUGAGAAUCGGCUACAUUAGCAGUGGUUAUAAUGAAGACGGACUACACUUUCAGCAUGGAAACGUGUGUUAGAAUUUCAUCACAGCAUUUCAAUUCCGAAGAAGUGAAUAGCGUUCGACUAAGCAUUGGCAGUAACGGAGCAUCAGCCAGAAAACAACCCAAAAGAUAAGCUGAAGGUCUCACGAUAUCAAAAUUUUGUUCUGGAAACUCAAAAUAUAGCGCAAAUGUUCUCAUUCAAUAGGAUAGGCUAAGAAAUUAAAUGAGAACCAUUAAAUACUCUGCAGUGGAUCGAGGUGCUCCACUAGAUACUCUGCAGUGGAUCGAGGUGCUCCACUAGAUGCUCUACAGCACGAUACAGCCGUUAUACGAGAAGAUGGCUCUAUCACAGUUCCUGCCAACACAUUUCACCAUAAUGGCGUUAUUUCUUUGUUUUCGGAUACAUUGGACAUGUAGUGCAAAAAUUUUGGGUUUAUUUCCUCACAGUAGUGAGAGUCAUUUUGUUUUGAUGCGGACGUUCAUGUUGGAAUUAGCCAGCAGAGACCACAAUAUAACUCUUUAUACUGGUCAUCGCUUGGAUGAAAGAUUAGAAAAUCUUAAGGAAUAUAUCAUCGAACCGGAAUACGAAUUUUGGCAGGAAGUUCAAAAGCAAUCUGGUAUUAAAGAUAAUGUUUUGGAGCUUAGUAGAGUGACUACAAAUAGAUUGGAAACAUCUUUAGCUUCGGCGGGUUUUAAUUUGAUGGAAUAUUUCUUUUCCAAUUAUCAGGUUCAAAAACUUCUAAAGCUUCCCGCAGAUGAAUUCAACUAUGAUAUCAUAAUAGUGGAUUUAUUUUACACGGAAUCUUUAAUGGCAAUUGGUUCCUUUUUUGAUGUGCCCACAAUAGGUAUAAUAAGCUCAGACUUUCUCAACUAUAUGGAUGAUAUUCAAGAUAGUACAGUGCCAGCCGCAUGUCUCCCUUAUCCAUGGAAACAUUUGAAUAAAAAUUUCGGAUUUUGGCAAAGAUUAAAUAUAUAUCAAUGUUUCAGCAAAAGAGAGACACUGAGGCGUAAACACUACGCUAAACAGGAAAAAUUAAUUAAAAAGUAUUUUAAUAAAAAUGGCGCAAAUACGACGUUGGCCUCAAUUUCCAAUCCACAUGCUAACCUGGCUCUACUAUUGGUGAACAAUUACAUACCUUUGGUUACUCCAAGACCUAUGCUAACUAAUAUGAUAGCGGUAGGAGGAAUGCAAAUACGAAGCCCUCGUGCGUUACCUUGGCAUAUAAAGCGUUUUUUGGAUGAGUCACGUUCCGGUGUUAUAUACAUGCAUUUGGGUGAUCACCAUUUAUGUUCUACUAUACCAAAGGAUCAGCUUCGAACAUUCCUUAAGGCAUUCAAAGCGCGUUCGGAAAGGAUUCUUUGGACUUGUCAUGACGUGGAAAGCUUACAUGGAUUACCGGACACCGUUUUAUUGCAGCAUAUGGUGCCACAAACUGAUAUAUUAGCCCAUCCUCAUGUUAAACUUUUCAUCAUGAGCGGUGAUCUUUUUGGCUUACAAGAGGGCAUUCUACGUAUGACUCCAAUGUUGGCCUUACCGUUAUUUGAAAAUGAGUUUAAAAAUAGUGAGUUGGUGGAAAAACUGAAAAUUGGUGUACGUCUGGAUUACGUGAACAUGACAACGGAGUCUUUACAAUGGGCUUUAAAAACAAUUAUUGGCAAUGAAGAUUUCGUGCUUAAUAUUAGAAACGUAUCAAAAAUGUUUCGCGAUCGUCCUUUAGGCGGUUUGGCCACCGCCAUAUUUUGGUUAGAUUAUAUAUUACAAUAUGGCGCAACGCCACUUCAUAGUCCAAUGGUUAUUAUACCUUUAAAAGAAUUGCAUCUUCAAGACUUGUUCGUAUAUUACUUUGUUUUGGCUAUAGUGAUAAUAAGCGUGAUAGCGUUGGUGGUGUGGUAUGCCGGUAAAAUAUUAUGGAAAAAACAUCAAACUCGGAAAAUAUUUUCAAAACUGAACUAAAUUUGAUCCAGCUAAUAUAUU